GGACAGAGACGCUUCUGGAAGAACCAUCGCGAUGGCCGCCCAACGAGAACCCCAAGUUCAGUUUAAACUUGUAUUGGUUGGCGAUGGGGGUACUGGAAAAACUACAUUUGUGAAACGUCAUUUGACUGGUGAAUUUGAGAAGAAGUAUGUAGCCACCUUGGGCGUGGGGGUCCAUCCCCUUGUGUUGCACACCAACAGAGGGCCUAUUAAAUUCAACGUGUGGGACACGGCUGGUCAGGAGAAAUUCGGCGGCCUGAGAGGUGGCUAUUACAUCCAAGCCCAGUGUGCCAUUAUAAUGUUUGAUGUAACAUCAAGAGUUACUUACAAGAAUGUGCCUAACUGGCAUAGAGAUCUGGUACGAGUGUGUGAAAACAUCCCCAUCGUGUUGUGUGGCAACAAAGUGGAUAUUAAGGACAGGAAAGUUAAGGCAAAAUCCAUCGUCUUCCACCGAAAGAAGAAUCUUCAGUACUAUGACAUUUCUGCCAAAAGUAACUACAACUUUGAAAAGCCCUUCCUCUGGCUCGCUAGAAAACUGAUUGGAGACCCUGACCUGGAGUUCGUGGCCAUGCCUGCUCUCGCCCCCCCAGAGGUGGUCAUGGACCCGGCUUUGGCGGCACAGUAUGAACACGACUGA